ACAAAUGUAAAUGUCACACAAAUGAACCAUCCUUGUAAUACAGAAAAAAAGUUGCAUGCAUAUGGCCCCAGACGAGUUAUUCAGACACCUCCUGCACCAUCAUUUGCAAGUGGCUGCACUGAAUAUCCUGUACAAACUCCAGUUCUGUCAAUGAGUAGCAUUCAGAGUGGUUUGGCUCUAGGUGCAUGUGCAGGGCAAGAAAACAAAGACAAAUCCAAGAGGCCAACCCACAGUGCAGGGACCACGCACCACUGUGAUGCCUUAAACCUUCCAAAACCAGCAGGUGAUUCACGAAAGCAUAAUCCUAAAGUAUUUCCUGGUUUUCAUUUCACUCGGUUGCCUUGUGAUGGCUUUGCGUCAAGUUUUCAACGAAUUGACUUGGACAGGCACUGUCUGGAAGAAUGCCCCAAGCUGGACUUUAUUGAAGAACUGCAACUUCUCAACCUCCAGCACAAUCUAAUAACAAGAAUCCAGUAUUUGUCACAACUGCAGAAGCUUGUUUUCUUGAACUUAUAUGACAAUCACAUUUCUGAAAUGACUGGCAUUGAAGCUCUAUGCUCUCUCCGGAUUCUCAUGCUAGGGAAGAACAGAAUUCAAAAGAUAAGCUCCCUGGAAAGCCUGGUCAAACUGAAUAUCCUGGAUUUGCAUGAUAAUAAGAUUGCCAGAAUAGAAAACAUGUCUCACCUGAGCGAGCUGAGAGUGUUGAACUUGGCAGGAAACAACAUUGGUAGAGUGGAAAACCUGCAUGGCCUUGGCUCUUUGACUGAGCUCAACCUGCGACAUAACUGCAUCUCUGCUUUGACUGAAGUGGACUUCCUGCCCUGCUUGCAGCGCCUCUUUCUCAGCUGCAACAACAUCACCAGUUUUGAUCAGCUAGCCUGCCUUGGAGAAACGUGCUCCCUUUCUGAGCUCACCCUGGAUGGGAAUCCUGUAGCCCUGGAGACAUGGUACAAGCAGGCCGUCCUGCGCUGUGUGCUUCAUCUGAAACAGCUGGACAUGAAGCGCAUCACAGACGAGGAUCGGCGCAUGGCUGGUGUACAGGCUCGAAAAGAGGAGGAGAAGAAGAGGGAGAGUCACAAGCAGACCAUUCAUAAGGAGAAGCGGCGUCUGGCAAUCCGUAAUGCAGCACAGCAGUGGGAGGGUGUCAGGGCCUGCCUGGAGCUGCCAUCAACAAAUGGCGCUAAAGAAGAGCUUAGUCCAGAGAAUAGCCCUGCACACACCCCUGCUCAGACUAAUGGCGUCACGCAGGAGUCUUCCCCAGAUGAACCAAGCAAACGGAUUAGCCCAGGUUCAGGACCGGAGCGACCAUCAGGGGGAACGGAGAUCAGACUCCGCACCAACAGCCGCCCAAAUAGCCCACGGGAUCCCAAGCUUGUGGAGGCUGGGAGUGGCAGCAUCCAGAGCUUGUCCAUGUCUGAUAGUCACCUUGCAGAACUGGAUGGAGAAACUCUGCGUUUGUUCGGACUUGGCGCCCUGGAGGCCUUGGAGAGAGGCUGGGGAGUUCAGACUGCUGGUGCUGUCACUGUAAUAACCUUCCGUUACAUCAACUUUGACGCCAUUGUACCAACACUGCCGCGAAUAAGGGUCAAGUUUCCUAAUCUAUCGCAUCUGAUCUUCUUGGAAACUAACAUCAGCCGUCUGCCCCAGCUGGCGGCUCUGGCUCAGGUGAGGCGUCUGGACCAGCUGACCAUCCACCCCGAGGGGAAUCCGGUGGUCAGUCUGGCUCUGUGGCGUUCCUUUGUCAUCUACCGCCUUCACCACUUCAACCUGCAGAGGAUCAAUGGUCAGGAGGUGACCAUGAAUGAUGUGAUCGCUGCAGAGCGUGUGUUUGGGACAUUGGGUCAUAUCGCAGCUACUGAAACUCCUCGAUGCCGUCUCCUCCUGCUGCUAGAGGAGUCCAGGAAGCGUCAGCUGCAGUUCCUGUUGGAGGGGCGUGGUCGACGAGCAGGACUAAGUCCAGAGGAACUGCGAGACAACGGGAAGCUCCUGGGAGAAGGCCUGAGCAGAGCGCUGUUCAACUACCCAAGCAGAGACUGCAGCGCAGACAGCCCUGAGGAGGGCACUGUGGAGUCUUCAGAACGUGCUGCGAUGAUAGAGCAGUACCUCCAGGAUUUGGUCCAAAGGGCAUCAGACACCAAUCUGAAGGGUGAGGCACUACACAAGCUCUGGCCGUCCAUGUUUGCAGAGAUGGUAAAGGACUGUGUGUUGGAGAUGAGGGACCGAGCAGCCUUCCGCCAAGCCAGCCUUGCAAAGCUCUCUGAGACCAAGUAAAGAGGACCAAAGGUUCAGUCUUAGACCACACACGAACACAUGGACACAGCUUUCCUGCAUCUCUAGCUCAAACACCCAUCAAUAACACAUCACCUAGUGAUUUCAUCAGUGAUUAAAAUCUUUGGAAACUGAACGGUGUAUUUCCCUAGUGUCUGGCGAGGUCUUUCAUAUGAUGGAUGUAAACAACUGUAAAGAUGCUAAUGCAGUUGUGAUGGCACAGACAUCUUGAUUGAAUGUAGAUUUCCACUGAAAACACAGUGUGACUCUUCAGUACUUGGAGCUGUCUCAUACUUGAAGAAAGUUUAAAGGACUUAAUGACUCACUGUGCAUUGUGGUUACAUCUGAGCACCCUCUGCACUUUAAAAGCCUUCUGAAUGAGCCCUCUACACCACUAUCGUCAUCAGCUGGAAAUGACCAGUGUCUCUUUUCUUGAGACUAGAAUGAAUUUUCUGUGUCUUAAAACUUGUUUCAUGCAUUACUCCCUCACUUUCUCCUGCCUGACAUAAAAAGAAGGGCACAAACAAGGACAUGGACUUUUCUUUGUUUACCACUGAUUUUCUGUAUUGUACUUAGUAUUAAAAGAUUCCGUAUUAACACUCA